GCGCGGAGCGGCGGCGGCCGGCAUCAUGGCGGGGAAGCCGCAGCCCUCGGGCGGCGCCGUGGCAGCCACCGCCUACCCUGACAGCCCCGUCGACUUUCCCCCGCACCUCCAGGCGGGCGCGAUGCGGCGCCGCUUCUGGGGCGUGUUCAACUGUCUGUGCGCCGGCGCGUUCGGGGCCCUGGCCGCCGCCUCCGCCAAGCUGGCCUUCGGCAGCGAGGUGAACGUAGGCUUGUGCGUCUUAGGCAUCAUAGUGAUGGCAAGCACCAAUUCCCUGAUGUGGACCUUCUUUAGCCGGGGCCUCAGUUUCUCCAUGUCUUCAGCCAUUGCAUCUGUCACAGUGACUUUUUCAAACAUCCUCAGCUCGGCCUUCCUGGGCUAUGUGCUGUACGGAGAGUGCCAGGAGGUGCUGUGGUGGGGAGGAGUGUUCCUCAUCCUCUGCGGACUCACCCUGAUCCACAGGAAGCUCCCGCCCACCUGGAAGACCCUUCCACACAAGCAGCAGUAGCGCCAAUUGGCUGGACAGACCAGCUGGAAAGAUAACGAUGGUGGCCCAGCCUUGGGUUGGCGUGUGGGACUGCUUCCCAGGGGGACCCAGGUGUGCAGCCUUCUGACCACCAGCCAAGAGGAGAUGCUAGACCGGCCAGGCCUUUGGGCCAGCCCUGCUCCCAAGGGAGGCAGGCCUCUGACGGAGCAGCUUUGAGGGUGGACAGCUCUGGUUUCUGUAAGGGGAGUACAACCACAGCAGUGUUCUGCCUGAAGCAUUCCUCAUAAUCUGUACAGUGUUUUUGAUUCUUUUGCUCCCAGGCCUGCCCCAGUGAGUUUGGCAGAUGCUGGAGAUCCUGGGCUUGGUCUGCUUUGAGCAUGGAACUUGAAACCACACUGUAAUUAUAGUCCUAUUGCCUGACAGAGGCCAGUCACUUAACUGUAGACCAGUGACUGGUGGGGUUUUCUGACAACUCCAUGCUAAUGUACCAGGCCAUCUGUGUCACGCUUAUGUAUUAUGGCAAGAGAAGGAAAACUGAGUUAAUAAAUACUGUUUCAUAAGUUAAAA